UUUUAUCAAGGCACGCGCCCGCAUUACAUCUCUCAUCCCACUGCACUGCAUCAUUCACAACUUAAACUCCUGGUCCAGUUUUGGAUGUAUUUUCAUCCUCCAAGUUGGUCUUGAGCUGGCUCAAGAGUAGAAUGCGGACAUCACUUUCACAAACUUGCAACAUGUUGCGACAGUGAUUUUUGGACCUCUUUCAUCCUCCUCCACCGACCGCCUCUUGUGCGCUUGAAGACAACUUUUCUCAGGCACCUCUCUACGGCGACCUUGCCGCCCGGAUACUGCAGCAUUUAGCAAGACGUCUCAAAUGUCCUCUCAGUAUUCCAUCCCGGCGACUCCGAGAGUCAUCUCGCCCUCCCCGACGCCCUCCGAGGCCUCCGACCGACAAGACUCCUAUUUUGCGCCAGAGACACGGUCCGCCGCCAAAGCUCAGCGCCAAAGAUCUCCGCAACCAGAACCGAUCCAUGAAGAGAAUGAUGGCUCCGGGUCAGAUUCGAGCCUUGAAAAACGGGCAAGGGCGCGGUCAAGAAGUCCGAUAUUGAGCGCAGCCACCCAUCUGAACGGCGGUACCAGCGGCAGCAGCUCCAGGCAACGACGGCGGCUGAGCGGUCUUACGCCCAAGACACCCGUUGCAAAGUCGGAACCUUUACCCAACGGCACAAUACCCAUACCCGAAUCAAAUGGGCAUCUCUCGCCCUAUGAUAGAGUCAAGAAGUCCUGGCGAGAAUUCUCUCGCUCUCCGUCGCCGUUAGGCUUGAUACCUUUACAUCGACACUAUCGCAACCUAAUACACAAGCAUGAGAUCCCACGGAAACUCCUGCACGUCUCUAUUGGCUUCUUCACCCUCCGUUUCUACACCACAGGCAUCCAGACCACGGCUGUUACACCUUGGCUUCUUGGAGCCCUGGCCAUUAUCGCCCCUACCGAUGUCCUUCGACACCAUUCAGAGCGGUUCAACCGAUUUUAUAUCCGAGUGCUAGGCGCCCUGAUGCGCGAGACCGAAGUCGACGGCUACAACGGCGUGAUUUGGUAUCUGGUGGGCGCGUAUGUCGCGUUGAGGUUCUACCCCAAAGACAUCGGAGUGGUGUCCAUUCUACUAUUGUCGUGGUGCGACACUGCCGCCAGCACCUUUGGGCGCCUGUACGGCCGUUACACCGUGCGACUGCGUCGGGGAAAGUCGCUGGCAGGCUCCAUUGCCGCUUUCGCAACUGGUGCCCUGGUCGCCAUUUUCUUCUGGGGUUAUCUGGCUCCCCGGACGGGACCGUUCCCAGACGACCCGGUCGAUGCCUACAUGUUUCAGGGCCAUCUAUCAUUACCCGCCAAAGCAAAACAGCUUCUUGGCUGGCGACAGGACCAAGGUAUCAUAUCCGGCAACGUGGCCCUUGCUGUCAUGAGCCUCUGCACAGGCUUCAUUGCCAGCAUAUCUGAGCUGCUCGAUCUGUGGGGUUGGGACGAUAACUUGACGAUUCCUAUUCUGAGCAGCGCCGGCAUGUGGGCAUUCUUGAAAAUAUUUGGAUAAAACCGGACCUGAAAGAGCAGGAAAUGGACUAGGACUGGGGAUCUUGUUACGAACUUGCAAAGGAUCGGAUCUCAGCUCUUCUUGGUUGCAUUACUUCUGGUUGUUUGUUCAUGCAUUGAAUGCGUGCGUGUUCUCAGCCUUUUUUUUUUGGUUUUUUUUGGUUCCAGAUAGAUGAAUACCCUGGAGUGAUCUGUUUGUUGGACACCUUUUAUAUCGACUACAAGUCCGCAUUGCUUCCUGCACCUGGUUUAAGCGACAAACUCUGCUUUGCUGCCAUCACAGUCGGCAACAUCGAAGAUAGGAACUUCUCUUGGAGCAUUGGCAGACCAAGCAAAUGUGAAGAGGGCAGAUAAAUAACUCUGCAUUGGACGGGAUAAGAUGCCUCUCUUUGAGGGCUCCUGAGCCUUCAGCCUUGUCCGCAUGGGCACUCAUAAAGAUAAAGAAAACACCCACUGAUUCGUUCCACCGCAACA